AUGUCAAAUUGGAAAGCUGUUCUACGAGAUGGACUGGGUCUUAUUUUGCCGGAGCCAGUUAUAUGGCUAAUCGAGUUUGCAUACUCGUAUGGUCGUGCAUGUGCAAUUUCGACCACCUUAGUGGUAGUCAUCUGUUUCUAUUUUAUGAGAUGGAACCUUUUCGCUGUCAAUACUGGUCGUCGGGUGGCGAUAGAAAUGUUAACAACGCCUCUCAAACACACAACGUACAAGCGAACAGCCGACGUAGUCUAUCUCGUUCGUGAAUUGAAUCGACUGACGCGAAGUAAACCGGAACGAGAAGUUCAUGUCGUAAUAAGUGGGGGACCUGGAGCGGGAAAGUCGGAACUUGCCAGGCAAGUUGGAGAAAGAAUUUUCCAGUCAGAAAAUAAACGUAUUUUCAAUUUUGAUUUGUCGUUUGUUUCACCCCCAACAGACGUCAUUACAUUAAACGCAGAGGACUUUAACCAACUUCAGAGUACGCUAGAGGAAGCCGUUGAUAAAAUACAAGGAAAGGAACCGAAACCUAUGGGUUACGAUUGUAUUGGGAAUGAAGAAACGGUCUUUGCAAAAUUUCAUCAACUUCGAGUAGCUUUGAGAAGUCGAUCAAGCCUUUCGAGUCGCCCAGUUAUCAUAUUUGAUAACGUCAAAGCCAAAGGGCCGAUGUCUACGUUCCUAUACAAAAAACGACCGAAUGGUAAAUAUUUUUUGAACGCUGGAAGUAAGGAAUACGGUGAAAUACGAAUUAUCGUCACUACACAACGUCGACCGACAACGAUAUUUCGUUCAGUGAUGGGUUACAAAGACUUGUUUGAACCAAUGCCGACUGAUGAAGCGGUAAAAUUGUUGAAUACAAUUACCAAUAUUCAAAACGAUGACCAGAAUGCUACUUACCUUGCAAAUGCACUCGGCGGGUUGCCUAAAUCACUUGCUGAUGCCGCUAUUUAUAUUCAAAUGGAUAGCCGACACAAUGCAUCUUAUCGCUUCUAUUUGCAAGAAUUAGAAUUGAACAAAAAGCGAUAUGUAUCCAAUGUCAAUUUCUCUUGGGCUGAAGGCACAGAUCAUGGUUUAACUUACGAUUCCACCGCGUUUACUGCAUCACGAAUGCUAGUUGAGCAAUAUUUCCAGGACCCCAGUCAUGGACACUUUUACGAAGCCCUAGCCUUCUUUGUUGGAUACUGUGGCUCUCCUGUAAUCUCCUUGAAGUUUCUUGUAAAGUACGUUGGUCUGGACGGCGUUUUAAAAUUAAAAGACUACUCCGAAUUUGAAGUAAAGACUUUGGUUAGAAAGACCUCGCUGUACGACGUGACAAGUUAUCCUGAACAUAGUCUCAUUUCUACACAUCAAAUUACAAGAUAUGCGUCGUUUGAUGCCUGGAAUAAAAGAGCAGAGAACAAGAAAGAUCAAAGCGACGUGUUUGAAACUUCAAUUGCGAGGAUUUUUGAGGUUUUAAAAUCAGAGCUUACCAGUAAGCAUGACCCAUCCGUUAAUCAGAUGGUGGAAUAUACAAGUUUAAGUUUCAAAGUCGUUGAUGUGGUAAUGUCUCUUAUCACAAAGAUGCGCGAGAAACAACUGAACUUAUAUAAUGUUAUCGGAAAAGAAUUUUGUUGGGUAUUUCUCGAUUCGAUAACUGAAGCCUAUCUAUAUUGGCCUAACAACCACACUAGUCCGCCGUAG